UAUUAGCAUAGUGUAGCUAGGGAAGUAGAGACAGCAGGGUUGUUAAAACAGCUCACAGGCUGAUCGCCCCACCUCAGUCUGUCACUACCGCAGACAGACACCUUUCACCAUGGCCCGAGUAGAGACGUCCUCCAGCCGGCCGUACCACCUGGUGAUCUUCGGAGCCUCCGGCUUCACGGGGCAGUUUGUUGUGGAGGAGGUGGCCCGGACCGUGUCUGAGGGUCCGAAUGGGAAUCUCAAGUGGGCCGUGGCCGGCAGGAGCAAGCAGAAGCUGGAAAAAGUUAUGGAGCAGGCCGCCGGAGUGCUGAGUAAACCCGAGCUGAGGUCAGAGGUAGACAUCAUCGUGGCAGAUGUAGAAGAGCCCGACUCCCUGGCAGCCAUGUGCAAACAGGCAGUGAUUGUUCUCAACUGUGUGGGGCCUUACAGAUUCUAUGGUGAGCCGGUGGUCAAAGCCUGUGUGGAGAACGGAGCGCACCACAUUGACAUCUGUGGAGAGCCUCAGUUUCUAGAGGGCAUGCAGUUAAACUACAACAGCCUGGCAGCUGACAAAGGUGUUUACAUCGUCGGGAGCUGUGGCUUCGACUCCAUACCCGCAGACAUGGGAGUCCUCUACACCAGGGACCAGUUCAAGGGUACGCUCACUGCAGUGGAGAGCUUUCUGACCGUUGGCUCAGGACCUGAUGGCGGGGUUAUCCACGAUGGCACAUGGCAAUCUGCUGUCUACGGUUUUGCAGAUGGCCCCAAGCUGCAGGGUCUGAGGAGGAAGUUUAAUCACAAACCUCUCCCUAGUAUUGGAUCUAAGAUAAAACGCAGAGGAUCCCUGUUCUUCAGUAAUGAGAUCCAGCAGUACACGGUGCCCUUCAUGGGCUCUGACCCCUCUGUGGUGAAGAGAAGUCAGCGCUUCCUGGUCGAGGAAAAUCAGGCCACACCAGUUCAGUAUGGAGCGUAUGCAGGAAUCGGAGGCAUUGGCAACAUAGUCAAGCUGAUGUUUGCUGGCUUGAUGUUCUGGUUCCUGGUCAAGUUCAGCUUUGGACGCAACCUGCUCAUCAAGCACCCAGAGUUCUUCUCCUUUGGACUCUUCUCUAAGGCCGGACCAACCAGAAAGCAGAUGGAGGCCUCAUCCUUCCAGUUUGCGUUCUAUGGAGAGGGAUACACUGAGGGGGAGGACCCUUCGCAAGGGAAACCUAAUGCCAAGAUCCGUACCCUGGUUCAGGGACCAGAGUGUGGAUAUGUGGCCACGCCCAUUGCCAUGGUUCAAGCUGCUCUCACUAUCCUCAACGAAUCCACAGCUUUGCCCAAGAAGGGAGGAGUGUACACUCCAGGAGCUGCGUUUGCAAAAACCACGCUGGUCGACCGCCUCAACAAACACGGCAUUCAGUUCUCUGUCAUCUAAAAUUCGUCACCUCCCUGAGGCCGUACUCCAGGUUUUUCCGAGCACUUACUAACAUUGAUAAUAAAAGCUGGGAAGUGUAAAAGUUCAUGAGCUCUCAGAUUGAGUUCUAAUGCUGCAGUUGAUGGUACUUUCAGCAUUUAGCCUUUUCGUUUGGUCAGAAACUUGCCCUCCCUUUUCAACCUUCUCUGACACAGUCACCAAUAACAAAUGCUCCAUGUUUUACAUGGUCGUGCAUCUGCCUGUGAUUUACUUAAACAUGAGUAAAUGGUUAAAACACUCCUGUUCCCUUUAGUGACCCAUAAUGUUAAACCAUAAUAGAGCAGGCAGAUGGCUUCGUAAUAUCAACACUACUGAUCCCAGAUAAGAGAUGACUGGAAAAGACGGUUUAUAUCAGUGCAGCAGAUGUAGUAAACUGUAUUUGAAAAAUAUGUAAAGAAAAAACAUCUGUGUAAGAAAAGCAAACGUCUACAAUCUUUAGUUGUUGUGUUGUUCCUGUUGCACACCGUAGAUUUACGUGUACAAGGACAUGGCUAUUGUUGAUCUGAUUCAGUGAAGUGACGCUUUCAAUAGACAAUUAGAAAAUCUGCUGUGUGUGCACGUACAUGCUCGCCUUGCCUGGCCUAGUCAUCCUACUCUCUCGAAUGUUUUUUUUGUAGCUGACUGUUGUUGCUGCACUGUGUUUGCUUUUUGAGCCUCGUCAGAAAAUGCAUCCAGCUGUUUGUGCACAAAAUGGCAUGAGUGACUUCAUGAAACUGAACAGAUCCUCUGUUUAGUUUACAGGUGUGUGUUCAAAGUUUGGGUUUAUGCUUUUGUUUAUUUGUGGGGUUGUGUGUCAUGUGGACUGGAUAAAUUUCAACCACAUAGAAAACAGUUAAUCUCAGUUCAGACUUGUUUUUCACGUUUUUGAUACUUUGAGCAUCAUGUGCAUGUGGCAGUAUAGGGGUGCUUUGCUUUGUAUGGUCCUCAUAAAUAAAAUCAUCUGAUAAUAGAAACAA